GUCCCGUGACGUCAUCGGUGGUCGCGCUGCGCAAGCGAGUGCGCAUCUCUCGAUGUGGUCGCGGACGCGUGGUGCGAGCCUACGAUGGUACAUACGGCACUGGCCACGCAAGACUUCACGUCACUGUCACCGCACACUUAUCCCCGAUUAACAAUAUCAAUUACAAAUACGUAACAAAAAGAAAACAAGAGCACACAAACAAGAGGCGAAGAGAGAGAGAGCUGCUCCGAAAGGCGGUCAUGUUGUCAAGAGUUCGUUAUUGAUGAGUUUGGCUUCGGUGAAUAAUCGGAUAAUUAAGCUGCGAAAAGUCGGCUCGCUACUCUUCAACUCCACCUCGAAUGCUCGCAAUCGUCAGUACGGUUUUCCAUGCUGAGUAGUUUACGUGCGUUGGCAAUGUCAACGGUAGAUAAGCCCAAAGUCUUGUUCGUGUUAGGUGGUCCUGGAGCCGGCAAGGGCACCGUUUGCAAGAAUAUUAUUGAAAAACACGGCUACGUGCAUCUGUCGGCCGGGGAUCUGCUGCGAGAGGAACGUGCGGACCCUGGCUCACAGUAUGGAGAGCUCAUUGAGUCUCACAUCAGUAACGGGACGAUAGUACCCGUAGAGAUAACUUGCAGUUUGCUGGACCGAGCGAUGCAAACAUCAAAGUCUCCGAACAAUAAAUUUCUGAUCGAUGGAUUCCCUAGAAAUCAAGAUAAUCUUCAGGGCUGGAAUCAGCAAAUGUCUAAUAACGUGUAUGUAGAUGGAGUUCUGUUCAUUGAGUGCAGCGAAAAAACAUGUACAACACGAUGUUUGCACAGAGGAGCCAAAGGAAGUGGACGAAGCGACGAUAAUUUAGAAUCGUUAAAGAAGCGACAUCAAACUUAUGUUAAAGAUACAAUGCCUAUUAUCGAACAUUAUAGAAAAUUGGGGCUGGUCUAUACGUUUAAUGGCGAACAAAAUCCAAUAGCAGUAUUUGGAGACGUUGAAAAAACUUUACACCAAUUAGGAUGGAAGAAUUUUAUGCUGGAAAUUCGUCGAUAUAUCUCAUAGAUGAUUAGAAAGUUGAUUGUCACCUUAAUUAGAUAAAUUGCAAUAAAUAGAAAAUUCAGAUGCUGCCGAUUGAAAAAGUUCAUUGGUUUCAAUGAUUAGCCGGAAUAU